AUGGCUGCGCCACAAAUUCACCUGUUGCCGCGCCAUGUGGCCUUUAAGUCCAGCCCUUCCCUGAGACGAGGGAGGGAGGUCCGGUUUGGUUCAUUGACGGACGAAAUCGCAGAAGCGCAAUACUCCGAGUCUGUCAAGACAAUGUCUUGUUGUAACCUCUUCGGCAGACAGCGCCGCCCGCGCCGCGAUGGAGACCAUGACCUUCACCCGCGGCCUGCCCAGCCAACGCCCGCCGAGUCUCCUCUGCGAGCUGGGGCACCACUGCAACCAAAACCACGACCGGCAGCAGAGACGGUAGGCAAAGAACCGGCAAAAACAGCGGGCCGAGAAUCAGUACGACAGCCAGCACAAGAGCCAUCAGCAGUCGUCGGGUCGCACACAUGGCCCAUAAUCGUGCCGCUUACCCCGGAAAGCCGGCAUAAUGUCCUGAUCUAUCACCAUGAGAUUCAGUCCAUGGUGAGUGGGAUAGUGCCAUGCUGGACGUACGUCUCCCGGGGCCUCGCCGACGUGGGCCAGAAGGAGGUUGUAUUCACCAUCAAGCGCCGCGCUUCUGAAUCGCAGCGCGACUACCCCAGGGAGCCACUGGAGUGGUUCCAGAUCCUCCAUCUUCUUGCUCGAGAGGGCCAGAUUGUCGACUGCUUCCACCAGACUACCUUCAGCAGGGACGGCUUCCUAGGUCGCUCCGACAUUCGAGCCAUCCUCUACUACCCGCCCACGGGCCUCAGCACCGUGCCUCCCGAGUAUCUGCCCAAGGAGAGGCUACAUGCCAUCGCCUUGACGGUAUCCGAGGUCGAGGUGAUGGAGAGGUGCGGGCUGAUGCGCGUCAUCUCCAGCCUCGGCUUUUCCGAGAGAUACUUCCCCGUCAUUCCAUGGAUCGACCGCGACCGGAAGAGCUGCGUCACCAUAGCCGAGAUGGACGAAUUCAUCAGGGAGGUCAUUCCCUUCUGGGACGACAGGUCGACGAGCGCGUUCAGACGAGGCACCGAUAUCGUGCUCCAUAUCCCCCAGAAAUCAGAAAGCGGGAUCCAGAAGCUCGUAAGAGGCCUCCCCCUCGACGGCGCCAUCGGUAUCAGCUCGGUCCCUUACAGCGAAUCUGACUCUGGUGUACUUUACCGUCGCGCUGAUGAUAACCUUCUGGAGCGCUAUGGGACAGGUCUUUCGUGCACGAAUCUAGCCUUUAUUGUGUUUUGUCCCGAACAGGACGAGGACGAGUUUAUAUUGACUGAGGACGGCCUUUCUAUGCUUCUUACCAACUCGACUUGGGCCAUCAUUCGGGAUGCAAUUCUUACGUCAAGGCCCAUUAGCGUCACCAUUGGAGACUUCAGGUUCUGCCUAGAGUAUGCAGCUGAACAGAAAAGCACGCAGCAGAAACAGAUUCAGACGAUAUACAAGACCACCAACUCCGCCCUAGCGGGUUCUCGGCCGUCGAGGACCCCAGCCGUCCAUAACUGCGGCGGUUGCAUUGGUUCCAAUGGAUUAUGCAAGGUGCUCAAAAGCCAAUCAGCAGUCCACCAGCUCUUACGCGGGGAGAAGGUCCUGUUAUUCAGCGGGCCGAAAGCUCAGCUUGAGCGCUGCGCGUCCCAGGGCUGUGCUUUCGCGAAACUUAUAUAUCCAGGCUCCGAUGACGAGAUUACCCGCUUCCUUCAACGAGCGGAUCAAGGGCCGGCAAACCAGAUGCUGCUCUUGUCCAUCCUGAGAGGUGAUCAGACACCCGAUCGAGGGUACCACGUUGCUGUGUCCACUACUCCAGACGAUCCGGCGUGGUCCGUGGUUGGAAUGGAUCCUGUCAACCCUGAUCCUCUCUCAGCCAGAAGUAUCGGCGUCAUGGAUGAGUGGCUGCAGCAGUGCAGCUCGAGGCUUCAAGGGCAUAAUAAAUGUGUAAGAUGGGACGCGAGGGCAGUUACCCUCCCCACCCGUGUCAUCGACGUCAGGGGCCAGGUGCCGAGGCUGUGUACUCCUUCAUCAAACGAAUCUGGCCGUUAUGCUACCUUGACUUACUGCUGGGGUGGUCCGCAACCGCAUUCCACUACGACAGCAAGACUCGCCGGGUACCACAAGUCCCUUCCGAUGGAUUUGUUUCCCACCACCAUCCGGGAUGCUAUAGCAUUGACGCGGGCUCUAAAGAUCCCCUAUCUUUGGAUCGACUCUCUCUGCAUUAUCCAAGACUCCGAGCCGGACAAGACCAAGGAGAUUGCCAAGAUGAGCCAGGUCUAUAAGAACUCGUGGGUGACCUUCUCAGCAGCUACAGCAUCGACGUGCCGUGACGGGUUCCUCGGCAUCCAAGGAGAAACACGCAAUCGACUAGAGCGCUCCGUCACCAUCUCCAUAGCGGGUCCAGAUGGUCUCACCGGCAGCAUCAUGCUCACUCCAGCAAGAUUCAACGGCGUAAACAUGAGAUUCGAAGACAAGUUCCCAAUCGACCGCCGCGCAUGGACAUACCAGGAGUAUCUCCUCUCACCGCGCGUUAUCAGCUUCUAUCAUGACUAUAUCGAAUUCAAGUGUCCUGGAGGUCUUCUAUCCGACGACGGGCUCAAAGCAGAGGAAGAGCGCCUAAACCCGCCCAUGUUCGCCAGGACGUCAAAACUAGGUCCGCUAUUCUUCCUGCAAGACUCAGAGAUAACCCCGAAUCUCCGCCGAACAGCCGUUUCCCCUGAAGCACGCAAGGUUCUUCGUCAGCUCUGGGAUAAUGUCGUAUCGGAGUAUACGCCCGGGAGACUGACAAAUCCGGAUGACAAGCUACCUGCCGUGUCUGCACUGGCCUCCGAGUUCCACCGUAUCUUUGGCGAUGAGUACCUCGCGGGACUAUGGAAGGGGAAUCUGAUGCACGAUCUCCAGUGGUUCGCGUUUCCCCCGACACACGGAGAAUCACCAGUACCAAAAUACCACGUCCCAUCUUGGUCAUGGGCAUCAGUAACCAAUUAUUCCGUCUAUCCACACGAAGCGAGCAGGUACUCUGUCCAAUCAACCCGAGCAGAAAUUCUCGACUGCUCCGUCGACCUAGUAUCAGAAGAAGCAACCUUCGGUCAGGUCAAAGGGGGUCUAUUGACCAUUCGCGGUCCCGUUAGAAGCUUGAGCUUGAGAGAGGCAUGGCAACAUUUCGGCUGCGGGCCGAGGGCCGAUCAAUCCAAAACUAUCGGAAUGAUUAACCCAGAUUUCAGAUGGAAGGUUCCCAAGGACGGAUCAAUUCGGAGCGCGUUUGGCAUUCCGGAGGAUAGAGGACCGCUCUUCUUCCUCGGGCUGUCUAUGCGGCCGGGGGAUAAGUAUGAGACAUGCGGCCUCACGCUCCUCGAGACGGCGGACAACCAGUACGAGCGGUUUGGGCUGUUCAAGGUUGGGGCGGCUGAUGACUUGAUAGCCAUCCCUUCUUGGCACCAGCGGGUCGCCACGGAGCGCUGGGGCAAUGAUUAUGAAGUUAGGACUGUUUCUAUACGAUAG